UGGAGCCGGAGAAGGAGGCGGAGGCUUCGGCGACCGCGAGGGGAGGGGGAGUCCCGUCUGACUGAGACGGCAGGCCUGGGCGGGCGGGGGUGCCGCGCAGGGCGGAGCGCCGGGCUGGGGAUGAGCUAAGCGGGCUUAGCGCCGCGGUAUUCAGCCCCUCGUGUCCCGCGGCCGCGCGUGAGGGGAUCGGGUGCCGCUCUCCGAGUGCAACCCGCUGGACGCCCAGGAGCCAGCAAGGGAGUAUUUCUCAAAAUCUGAGGCCUCCAGAAUUCACAGAUUGAGGUUGGCACCAUUUGCAGAGAGAAGCCUUCGGUAAUGUAUGGAAUCUACUGUAAUGGAAGAUGAUUGAAGACAAGGGGCCUCGUGUUGCUGACUACUUUGUUGUGGCAGGAUUAACUGAUGUUUCAAAGCCUCUUGAAGAAGAAAUUCACUUCAAUGAUGCCUGUCAUAAAGUAGCUAGACCGAAAGAACCCAUCACAGAUGUUUCUGUUAUUAUUAAAUCCCUUGGGGAGGAAGUGCCACGGGAUUACAUGUGUAUUGAUGUCACUCCAACUGGACUGUCAGCUGAUCUCAAUAAUGGAAGUCUCGUGGGGCCACAGAUUUAUCUUUGCUAUAGAAGAGGAAGAGAUAAGCCUCCACUUACAGAUCUGGGGGUUUUAUAUGACUGGAAAGAAAGAUUGAAACAGGGCUGUGAAAUUAUUCAGAGUACUCCCUAUGGGCGCCCUGCAAAUAUUAGUGGCAGUACGUCAUCACAAAGAAUUUAUAUCACUUACCGACGAGCCUCGGAAAACAUGACUCAGAAUACGUUGGCUGUCACAGACAUAUGUAUUAUUAUACCCAGUAAAGGAGAAAGCCCACCACAUACAUUCUGCAAAGUCGACAAGAAUCUCAAUAACAGUAUGUGGGGAUCAGCAGUGUACUUGUGUUAUAAAAAAUCAGUGGCAAAGACAAACACUGUCUCUUACAAAGCUGGUCUGAUUUGUAGGUAUCCUCAAGAAGAUUAUGAGUCAUUCUCAUUACCAGAAUCCGUUCCCCUAUUUUGUUUACCAAUGGGUGCAACUAUUGAAUGUUGGCCACCAAAUAGCAAGUACCCUCUCCCUGUGUUUUCUACAUUUGUGUUAACUGGAGCCUCAGCUGAAAAGGUCUAUGGUGCUGCUAUUCAGUUUUAUGAACCAUAUUCUGAGGAGAAUCUCACAGAAAAACAGAGACUUCUUUUAGGUUUAGCAUCAUCAGCAGAUGGAAAGUCUGAUAGUUCCAAAACAAUUCACACUAACAAAUGCAUCUGUCUUCUUUCUCACUGGCCUUUUUUUGAUGCAUUCAGGAAGUUUCUGACUUUUCUAUACCGUUAUUCCAUAUCUGGACCUCAUGUUCUUCCAAUUGAGAAGCAUAUUUCUCAUUUUAUGCAUAAAGUUCCUUUUCCAUCUCCUCAGAGACCACGGAUUUUGGUUCAGUUAUCACCCCAUGAUAAUCUGAUUCUCAGUCAACCUGUUUCGUCACCUCUUCCACUAAGUGGUGGCAAGUUCUCAACACUACUUCAGAAUCUUGGCCCUGAAAAUGCUGUAACACUACUGGUGUUUGCAGUAACAGAACAUAAAAUCCUCAUCCAUUCCUUACGACCUUCUGUGCUUACGAGUGUGACAGAGGCAUUAGUAUCUAUGAUAUUUCCUUUCCACUGGCCAUGUCCGUAUGUUCCUCUCUGCCCACUGGCUUUAGCAGAUGUCUUGAGUGCACCAUGUCCGUUCAUAGUUGGGAUUGAUUCAAGAUACUUUGAUCUCUAUGAUCCUCCACCAGAUGUCAGUUGUGUUGACCUAGAUACCAACACCAUUUCUCAAAGUGGUGACAAGAAAAAUGUAGCCUGGAAGAUACUUCCAAAGAAGCCAUGCAAAAAUCUGAUGAACACAUUGAAUAACUUGCACCAGCAACUGGCAAAAUUGCAGCAGAGACCACGAGAUGAUGGACUGAUGGACUUGGCAAUGAAUGACUAUGAUUUUAAUUCUGGGAAGAGGUUGCACAUGAUAGAUUUGGAAAUUCAAGAGGCAUUUUUGUUUUUCAUGGCCUCUAUUUUAAAAGGCUAUAGAUCAUAUUUAAGACCAAUAACACAAGCUCCUUCGGAAACAGCCACAGAUGCCACCUCUCUUUUUGCCCUUCAGGCUUUCUUAAGAAGCCGGGACCGGUCACAUCAAAAAUUUUACAAUAUGAUGACCAAAACACAAAUGUUUAUUCGCUUCAUUGAAGAAUGCUCUUUUGUCAGUGAUAAAGAUGCAAGCCUGGCAUUUUUUGAUGAUUGUGUAGACAAAGUGGAUAUGGACAAGAGUGGUGAAGUACGACUUAUAGAACUGGAUGAAUCUUUCAAAAGUGAACAUACUGUUUUUGUAACGCCACCCGAGAUUCCCUAUCUGCCCAAUGGCGAAGAACCCCCUUUGCAGUACAGCUAUAAUGGAUUUCCAGUUCUUAGGAACAAUUUAUUUGAGAGACCAGAAGGAUUUCUGCAAGCUCGAAAGAACAAACUGCCUUCAAAAUCAAGUAGUCCUAGUAGCCCUUCUCCCAUGUUCAGGAGAACAAAACAGGAAAUUAAGUCAGCCCAUAAAAUUGCCAAGAGAUAUUCUUCCAUCCCUCAAAUGUGGUCCAGGUGUCUGUUGCGUCACUGUUAUGGAUUGUGGUUUAUUUGUCUCCCAGCUUAUGUGAAAGUAUGUCAUUCAAAAGUCAGGGCUCUGAAAACAGCCUAUGAUGUGCUAAAAAAAAUGCAAUCCAAGAGGAUGGAUCCACCUGAUGAGGUGUGCUACCGCAUUCUUAUGCAGCUCUGCGGACAGUAUGAUCAGCCAGUGCUUGCCGUGCGUGUGCUGUUUGAAAUGCAGAAAGCUGGCAUUGACCCCAAUGCCAUUACUUAUGGUUAUUAUAAUAAGGCUGUUUUGGAAAGUACCUGGCCUUCAAGAAGUCGUAGUGGCUACUUUCUUUGGACAAAAGUAAGAAAUGUUAUUUUAGGAGUAGCACAGUUCAAAAGAGCUUUAAAGAAACAUGCAUACUUAUCACAAACAACUCUCUCAGGUGGUCAGUCUGAUCUGGGAUAUAAUUUAUUGUCUAAGGAUGAAAUUAGAAGAGGGAAUAAUUCUGCUGAGGACAUUUCAGAAGAAAAAGAUAAAAAAGGGAGUGAUUCUGGUUCCUUAUCAGAGAGCGAGAGUACAAAAGGAAGUACUGAUUGUCUUCCAAAGAUCAAUUUGCAAAGUUCUUCCAAUAUUGUUCGCCUCAAUGGUACAGGUAACAACAGUGCUGAUAAAAUAUCAGGAGAAAACAGGGAAAACACACCUGAAAUGCUCUUAAGAUCAUCUCUUGAGGAUACAAAUGAAACAGGAAGCAUUGAAAGUAGAUGCUUCAGGAAAAGACAUAAAAGUGACAAUGAAUCUAAUUUGCAGCAGCACAUGGCCUGGGGAAAUAGAAACCGUAAUCUUAGUGGAGGGGUACUGAUGGGAUUUAUGCUCAACAGAAUUAAUCAGGAAGCAAAUCCUGGAGAUAUAGUUGAAAAAUUAGGAGCUGAUGCAAAAAUUCUUUCAAAUGUUAUUACAAGAAAUAGAAGACCAAAUAGUCUUGAUAUUGGGAAGCCACCUUUAAGAUCUAAAAGAGACAGUCUAGAAAAGGAAUCUAGUGAUGAUGACACACCUUUUGAUGGUGCGAAUCGCUUGGCUGAUAAGGUGGAUUCUCCUGUUAUUUUUGACUUGGAGGACUUAGACAGUGAAACAGAUGGAUCCAAAGUGGGAUAUGUUGCCGCACAGCAUCCCAAGAGAAUUCAGCGAAUGAACAGCAGCUUCUCAGUGAAACCUUCUGAAAAAACUGACGUUGCAGCAGGAUUUGAUCCCCUCUCUCUUUUAGUUGCUGAGACCGAGCAGCAGCAAAAAGACGAGGAAGAGGAGGAUGAAGAUGAUAGUAAAAGCGUGUCAACACCAUCUGCAAGGCGUGAUUUAGCUGAAGAAAUUGUGAUGUAUAUGAAUAACAUGAGCAGUCCUUUGACAAGUCGAACACCAAGCAUUGAUUUACAACGGGCCUGUGAUGAUAAACCAAACAAUAAGAAAAGCCCAACGCUGGCCAAGGCCUGCAGAAGAUGUAGCUUACCUCCUAAUUCUCCAAGGCCAGCCAGACUCACCAAAUCUAAAAGUUACACAAAAAGUGAGGAGAGACCACGGGAUAGAUUGUGGUCUUCUCCAGCCUUCUCGCAAACUUGCCCUUUUAGAGAAGAAUCUCAAGAUGCAUUAACCCAUUCAGCACCUUCGUUUAAUUUAGAUACACUACUGGUACCUAAAUUAGAUGUUCUAAGGAAUAGUAUGUUCACAGCUGGAAAAGGAGUUGCAGAGAAAGCAAGCAAAUGGUAUUCAAGAUUCACCAUGUAUACGACAUCAUCCAAGGAUCAAAGUUCUGAUCGUACCAGUCUUUCUUCAGUGGGAGCCCAGGAUUCUGAAUCUACCUCUUUGACAGAUGAAGAGGUCGGCCGCGAGCUGGAAGGAGCCUCUUCCUCCCAGGAGAGCAGUGCCACGUCAGGGACCAAGGGAACUGAACUCAGCCGAACAAGCCUUGGAAGCUCUGCCUCCUUAGAAGGAUCCCUGUCAAAAUUUGCUUUACCUGGGAAGUCAGAAGUAACAUCUUCAUUCAACAUGAGUAAUACCAAUCUCUUCCAGAACUAUGCAAUGGAGGUUCUCAUCUCAAGUUGUUCUCGGUGUAGAACUUGUGAUUGUCUUGUACAUGAUGAGGAAAUCAUGGCUGGCUGGACAGCAGAUGAUUCAAAUCUCAAUACCACAUGCCCGUUCUGUGGCAACCUUUUCCUACCCUUUCUGAAUAUUGAAAUCAGAGACUUAAGACGACCUGGGAGGUACUUUUUGAAGUCAAGUCCAUCUACAGAAAAUAUUCAUUUUCCAUCUUCCUUUUCAAGCCAAACAAGGCAGUCUUGCCUUUCAACAUCAGCCUCUGGUCUUGACACAUCCGCUAUCUCUGUUCAAGAACAUUUUGACCUAAACAGCAACUCUAAACUGCAGGAAAACUCCUGUGCCCGAAGUAUUCAAAUCCCUGCUGACAGAUCAAAGGCAACUGUGUCAAAAUGCCCAGUCUUUCCAAUGGCCCGAAGCAUCAGUGCCUGCAGCCCCUUGGAUAAGGAGGAGGCUGGUGGGCAGAAGCUCAUUCCCACAGGCAGCCUGCCAGCUACUUUACAAGGAGCCACAGAUUCUUUAGGAUUAGAAUGGCACCUUCCCAGCCCAGAUCCUGUCACUGUUCCAUAUCUUAGUCCUCUAGUGGUCUGGAAGGAACUAGAAAGCUUAUUGGAAAAUGAAGGCGAUCACGCCAUAACAGUGGCCGACUUUGUGGACCAUCAUCCGAUUGUGUUUUGGAACCUGGUGUGGUAUUUUAGACGUCUUGACUUGCCCAGCAACUUACCUGGAUUGAUUCUUUCUUCUGAACAUUGUAACAAGUAUUCAAAGAUUCCCCGCCACUGUAUGUCUGAAGACAGCAAGCAUGUCUUAAUACAGAUGUUGUGGGACAAUAUGAAAUUACAUCAGGACCCAGGACAGCCCUUGUACAUCCUCUGGAAUGCCCACAGUCAAAAUCGUACUCUUUUGUUUGAGACACAAAAGUAUCCCAUGGUCCAUUUAUUGCAAAAGACUGAUAGCUCAUUUAGCCAAGAGCUGUUGAAAAAUAUAGUUAAAAGCAUUAAAAUGAAUGAUGUCUAUGGACCAAUGAGUCAGAUUUUAGAGACACUGAAUAAGUGUCCACACUUUAAAAGACAGAGGAGUUUAUACAGAGAAAUACUGUUUCUGUCACUUGUGGCCCUGGGAAGAGAAAACAUCGACAUAGAUGCGUUUGAUAAGGAGUACAAGAUGGCCUAUGACCGUCUGACACCAAGCCAAGUCAAGAGUACACACAACUGUGACAGACCACCAAGUACGGGGGUGAUGGAGUGUCGGAAAACCUUCGGAGAACCUUAUCUUUGAGCUGUGUGUGCAGGUGUAAACAUUCGCUACAUGUUGUACAGUUGGUGUAUAAAGCAUCACUUUUAGACUCUAAACCUUUCUCUCCCAUUUUUGAGAAUGCUUUUGUAAAUGCUCUGGAAGGCUCAGGUAGUUUCUGUACAGAAUGCUGUGAGAACCGUGACCAGUAAGGAGAGAGCCACUUUUUUCCCAGUUCUUUUUUUUUUCUCACCUUUAUCUCUCCUGUAACAAAGAAUUAAGUAUUUUUGUGCUGAGGAUAUCCCUAAAUGAAACUAGUUGCCAUAAAAUAAGACAACUGUGUUAUGGUUUCUCUUGAAGCAGGUGGGAAAAAAAUCAUAUAUGGAACUCGACAGAAAUGUAAGACCAGAGUGUCUCCUGUUUUCAUAGCCCAUUAAGAUAUUUUGACCAUGAAGUUGUAUUAUACAUAUUUUAAAUUGUUUAUAGUAAGUUGAUAUUUUUUUAAUUUUUAAAUUUAAUAGAGCAAAGUUAAAAUGAAUUUAAGCU